AUGAAGACGCGGGUGUUAGUGCUCGGUGGAACGAGCUACGUGGCGCAGUUCGUACUGCAGCGCUUGCAGCAGUACGCAACACUUCGAGUGGUGGAUGAGGAUACAGUGAAGGAGGUUGAGGCUGUGGCGUGCACUACUCGCAGCCAGCCAUUUGCACCCCUCCCAGCAGGGUUCAUCACGGCGAACUCUGAUUCCUUUUCCGAGUCGAAGCAAACUGUGACUGUUUACUGGCAAGUAGACUUGAUGGAUCUAGAAGCGUUAAAUAAAUGCAUCGACGACUUCCGUCCGACGGUGGUUAUCAAUUGCACGGCGAUUUCGUCGCCUGCAGUUUGUCAGAAGGAACCUGAGAGGGCAAGCGCACCUCGAGGUUUGGUGGCCUUGUUGGACGAGCUGCCAUGGCCCAUUAGAUUUGUGCAUUUGUCGACGGAUUUUGUCUACGAAGGAACUAAACCCCAGGGAACGAGCUACAAAGAAGACGAUGCAGUCUCAUCGCCGGACCUGUCGGUGUAUGGAGUGGGCAAGCUGCGCUUUGAUCAUUUCCUGCAAAAUCGCCCUAACUCAACAAACUUGCAAGCUCUAAUUCUUCGCAUUGCCAACGUCGUUGGACCGACAGCUCCGCUGUUUCCCGACAGAAGUGCACCGAAGUUCAUGGAAUGGCUUCACCACCAAUUAUUCCAGCUCGAGACUGCUACACCACUGAAACUCUGGAGUGACGAGUUCCGUUCGUACCUCUACGUCUUCGACUUGGUCGAUCUAUUGAUUGAGCUGCUAACGAUCAAUUUAAAAGAACACACUACUCUUGUCAACGUCGGAGGCAUUGAUGCACUCUCGCGCGUGGAACUUGCAAACAAACACAUUGCGCCGACAUCACGAGCUCAAGUUGACUUGGGGUACCCAUCCCCGCUCAACACGAAGCUCAACACUUUGCGUCUGGCAAAUUUGUUGCCACACUUUAUUUGGACACCGACCGAAAAAUUUCUACACGAGAUCAGUUGCAGAUUUUUCAUUAAAGAAUAAUGCGUUUUUUAAUCAGAUUUUUUUGCAGUUUGUUAACUUGGGAUAAGAAAAAAAUGGGCAAGAGCGAUGAUCGUCAACUUACACAACAAAGCGCGCCCCCUUCGCGUGUAUGAAAGAAACAACUCUCUCCAGUUACUGGAUCUCCAUCAAGUUGCCCAUGCUCUUGCGACCUUCCUCGAAGGCUUGCACAAUAGGAUCUUCCCCACGACUGCCGGAGAAGACAAAGUCUGCGUCGCACAGAGCGAUGGAGUGGCACGCUUGGCUUGGACUUUUUCCUUCGCGCAUGAGCGACACCAACUCGUCGAACUUGGAAGAAAGCGCAUCGCAACGAGCACGCGGAGGCAGCACCGUGCACAUGGUCUCCAGUGUCAUCUUGGCCUCCCUUAGGGCCUUGUCAUUGUUCUUGGCGUAC